ACCCUCCUCAGACCAACGACGUCAAAGUAGCAAAGAGGUCAAUCAUCUUACCAGAAACCAACCACAAAAGCCUGCCGGGACCUCCAACCGACAAACCUUCAUGCGCUUCGCCGAUGAUUCCUUAUCUAGACCCGGCACUCCGGCAAUGGCACUGGACGCGUUCCCCUCUCCUGGGACUCUAGCUGUUGGGGUAACGACAUGAAAAUGGGAAGCAUUCAGGUUAGCCACCGGCCCGGUGUGGGCGCGCCCUUGCCUUCGUAUCAUCAAGAUGCGGACGAGCGGAAUGGAUUGAUUAAUAUACUAGGCAUGUUGGAGUCUGGGCUUGUACACUUUGCCCCUCCACAUACCCUCUGACCACACCCAAGUUGUUGCUGAUUUUGCCAAAGCCUCAACGAAGCUAUGCAUCCCAAGCCACUUCGGAGCAUCAAGAAGGUCUUGGUGGCCAAUCGUGGUGAGAUUGCUGUCCGCUGCAUCAAGGCCUGCCGCGAACUCGGUGUCCACAGCAUUGCCAUCUAUACAGACGCCGACACAACAUCACUACAUGCCUUGUUGGCAGACGAGGCGAUCGCGCUGCGGGGUAACGACACCUACACAGAUGGCGACACCAUUUUGGAAAUCUGUAAACGCACCGGCGCCGAUGCUGUAUUCCCUGGAUAUGGCUUCCUCAGCGAAAAUGCCGACUUUGCCGAUGCCGUCGCGACUGCAGGCAAGAUCUUCAUUGGUCCUUCAUCCGCUUCUAUCAAGGCUAUGGGUCUCAAGCAUGAGGCGAGAGCUAUUGCUGAAGCUGUCAAUGUGCCCGUAAUCCCUGGCACUUCGUUAAUCCCAUCAACGCACGAGGCUAUAGAGGGGGCCAAGAAGCUCGGUUUCCCGGUCAUGCUCAAAGCCACCGGAGGAGGAGGCGGCAUGGGUCUGCAGAUAUGCCACGACGACGACGACAUCCCGAAAGCAUUCGCCACGGUCGAAAGUCGCGCAGGCGCUCUGUUCAAGAACAGCGGUGUCUUCCUGGAAAAGUACUAUCCCCGCUCCCGACACGUUGAGGUCCAGGUCUUUGGAAACGGCGAGGAAGUGGUUGCAUUCGGGGAGAGGGAGUGUUCUCUUCAACGACGCCACCAAAAGGUGGUUGAAGAGUGCCCCAGUCCAUUUGUCGAGCGGACUUCAGGCCUACGCGAAAAGAUGCUUCAGGCGGCAGUAAAGUACGCCUCUCAACUCAAGUACAAGAGUGCCGGCACCGUUGAAUUCUUGGUCGACGAUGAAACGGCCGAUUUCUUCUUCCUCGAGAUGAACACGCGCCUCCAAGUCGAACAUGGCAUCACUGAGAUGUGCUAUGGUGUUGAUCUGGUUCACUUGAUGCUGCAGCAAGCCGACUACGAGCAUGGCGGUCAGCUCGGCAUCCCCUCGAACGAGCUACGAGGCCUCCCGCAAGCGCAGCCAAACGGUGCGGCCAUCGAGGUUCGGGUAUAUGCUGAAGUGCCUCUACUCAACUUUUCUCCCAGUCCGGGCCUUCUACAGCAUGUCAGCUGGCCUAAGGGCGAUGGUAUCCGUGUGGACACAUGGGUGAAGAACGGUCAGCAAAUCACGCCCCUUUACGACCCUCUGAUCGCCAAGGUCAUGGUACACAGCAGUGAUGGCCGAGCCGAUGCGCAAAAGAAGAUGCUCGCAGCUCUGGCUCAAACUGCAUUGCAAGGUACACAGACGAACUUGCAGUACCUUUCGCAAGUGCUGCGUUCUGAUGGAUUCGCCAAAGGCGACACGCUCACCUCUUUCCUGUCCAACCUCAAGGCCAAGGUGUGCGCUAUGCAAGUCCUCAACCCUGGUCUUUUCACUACGGUCCAGGACUAUCCUGGGCGUCCAACUAUCGGACACGGCGUGCCCCCCGGCGGACCAAUGGAUGAUUUGAGCAGUCGGGCGGCAAAUAUCCUCGUUGGCAAUGAUCCUCAGGUCGAGGUCCUUGAGAUAGCUAUGUCUGGUCCAGAACUCUUAUUCCACGAAUCGGCCGUGGUGGCCGUAUGCGGUGCCCAGGUGCCCAUCAGUGUCGAUGACACGGAGCAACCGAUGUGGUCCAGAUCCAUUGUGCGGCAGGGGCAGACGCUCAAGAUUGGCGGCGUCACCGGUGACGGUCUCCGAGCCUACCUUGCAGUCAAAGGAGGCUUCCCAGACAUACCUUUCUACCUUGGUUCCAAGUCAACAGCCCCAGAGCUUGGUUUUGGCGGUCUUCAGGGGCGCAAGCUGCAGAUGAAUGAUAUAAUCGCCCUUGCCCCGGAAUCAGCUGAUUGGGCAGCCGCAGCCACACCCUUUUCCUUACCACAAAAGGCAAUUCUUGACUACGGAUACUCGGAGAUAUUCUGCCUUAAUGGUCCCUACGGCUCGGAAGAUAUACUCACCCCUGAGGGCAUGUCGACAAUUACCAACUCCAAAUGGACCGUCAGCCACAAUAGUAGUCGUAGUGGCAUUCGACUAGAGGGUUCACGGCUGAAGUGGGCACGCACCACCGGCGGGGGAGGCGGGUCCCAUCCGUCAAACGUCUUCGAUUACGGGUAUCCCAACGGCGGUGUCAACUGGACCGGGGAGUUUCCAAUCAUCUUUUCCCGCGACCGGCCGGACCUGGGUGGGUUUGCUUGCGCUGUCACCAUCUGCUCAGCCGAGAUGUGGAAAGUUGGUCAACUGAAGUCGGGCGACAGUGUGCAGUUGCAACUUGUCUCCUUUGAGGAUGCCAUGAAAAUCAAACACACCAACGAGGCUUACUUGAGGUCUUUGAGAGCACUCGUAGACGGCAAAGAGACAGAAGUUGUGCCACUCGAGUUGGAAUUCGGAUCCCGGACCACAACUUCAAUAUUGCACAUGGCCAAACCGAAUGGUGAUCAUCCCCGCGUCACUUACAGGCAAGGUGGCGAUACUUCCAUCAUAGUCGAGUAUGGCGAGCAAAUUGCGGAUUUGCGCAACACGGUCUGCGUUCACAUCCUCGAGGAAAAGCUUGCCGCGUGCAACCUUGCGAGCGUGCGCUGUGAGCCGAACCUCGCCACGCUCACAGUGCACUACGAUCCGCUCCGGAUCUCGCAAUCCGAGCUGCUGCAGAAUUUGAUUGAACAAGACAAGAGUAUCGAAGAGAUUGUUGGCAUCAAGGUGCCCGUUCGCGAAUUCAACCUGCCGCUGUAUGUGGACCAUCCCACAAUCACCGAAGCGACGGAAAGAUAUAUGGAGAGUGUUCGCCCCACUGCCGCUUACCUCCCGGACAACGUCGAGUAUUUGCGAAAGAACAACGCGUUGGAAACUCGCCGCGAUGUGUUUGACUCGCUUUUGAAGACGCCCUGGCUCACAGUUGCCGUUGGCUUCUUCCUCGGAACCCCUGUCAUGUUUCCGCUCGACCCCAAGUACGUGUUCACGGGCCAGAAAUACAACCCUAACCGCGCGUACACUCCGAGCGGCUCAGUCGCUCUCGGGGGGUCCUUGCUUGUCGUCUAUCCUGUGACUUCGCCGGGCGGCUACCAGCUCAUGGGCCGCACAUUGGGUACGUGGGAUUUGAUGGGCACUCGCGCCGGCUUCUCCCCGACGCGACCUUGGUUGUUCAAUAAUUUUGACAUUAUCAGAUUCCACGAGGUCUCUAAGGAAGAUUUUGACCAAGUUGAAAGAGACUUUGAAGCCGGUAGAUAUGUGUUUGACAUUUCCGACGGGACCAUCAGCAUGGACGAGUACAUUGCCAAGUUUGACGCCGCAGCGCGUGAUCCAGUGCAUCAAGAAUGGCGCAAGCGCCAGGACGCCGCAGCCCAGGAGAUGGGAGAGCUCGAACAGCGGCUCUUUGGUGAAUGGACUGCCGCCAAGGCGGAAGCUCUGUUGAAACAGAGUGAGGGGGGUGGGGACGAUGCAUCAGCAGAUGCUGUGGCUAUUGAGUCGCCCAUGAAUGCCAACGUGUGGAAAGUCCUGGUUGAGGUCGGGGACGUGCUUGAGGAGAAGCAGACAGUCGCUAUCUUGGAGGCGAUGAAGAUGGAAAUCAAGGUGAUUGUCCCAGACUCUCAUGUGGGAGCAGUCGUGACGAAGGUUACACGUCCGCCAGGAAGUGUCGUCAGUCCUGGAAUGCCCAUAGUAGUUGGCAAGAAAGCUUCUUAG